AUGGGCAGCGGUGCGUCUGUAAUCGUGCCCGGAGAGGAGAGAGGAGAGGCCCGGGUAGAGAGGACCGAAACCCUGGGUGAGAAGCAACCACACCCCGGAGAGGAGAGAGGAGAGGCCCGGGGAGCAAGGGCUGAAACUCCGGGUGAAAAGCAACAACACCCCGGAGAAGACAGAGUGGACAGCGCCCGAGGAGAGAAGGACGUGAACCGGGACGAGAGAGGAAACACGGCAGAGGAGAAAAAAUCCAAGCAACCAGGAGAGGGAGAGACAGCUCGGAAUGAGAGGGGAAAAGGCGGGAAUGAGAGGGGAAAAGGCGGGAAUGAGAGGGGAAAAGGCGGGAAGGAGAGGGGAAAAGGCGGGAAGGAGAGCACCGAGGCCUGGGAGGAGAAAAGGCAACAGACACCCGAGGAAAAGAGCCGACACGGCCCGCGGAGUGAGAGGGAUGCAGCCUGGAGAGAGGGCGGGGAGGCCGGGAAAGAGAUGUCCAAGACCCGGGAAAGAGAGACUUCUACACCUGCUGCACGGAGCGAGCACACUGCACAGGCAGUGGAGUCUCCUCAGCCAGACAGCCAUGUUAUGGAAGUCCAGUCUCUAAAGAGUGAAGAUGGAAACCUGGCAACCAACAAUGAAAAUAAACAACAGACGACAAAGGACAAGACCUCUACUUCUGCUCAGAGCCAACCUGCCACUGAGGCAGUGGCAGAAAGUGAAGAGUUGUCUUUGGUGUUUGAGAGUUUUCUCCACAACAACGGGAUGCUGUACAGCUGCUUUAAUCACCACGGCAACAGAGUUUAUGUGGAUGAGACACAGAAGUUGCAGCCGUUUCCUCAGGAGUGGCACAGUCAAGGACAUUUUAUCUCUCCCAACUCUGAGGGCUCUGGGCAGCAGCAGACCAGCUCAGGCCCUUCAGCGUUCAGAGAAGACGACCGCACCAGCAGCACCUACAUCCAGGGCAAAGGCACCCUCAUGACAUACUGGUUUGAGGAGAGGGUGAAUGUGUGUCGGUUCUGGGACCCUCAGUCUGGACUGUGGCUCAUCCUUCCGCUGCAGUGGGAACUCAACCUGGACUUUGUCAAAGCCAGAGUUCAACAGGUCAUGACAGCCCUGCCCGGCCUGGUGGAUCAGAAGGAGAUCACCGCAGCUCUCAGACACUGUAACUAUGACUCAGAGGAGGUGAUCUCUGUUUAUUUAACCAUGUUUGGAGAAAUACUACUGCAGCCUGCCCCCAAAGACUACACCGACCUUAACUCAUUCAGAGCUCUGUUGGAAAGGGACCGUGUGAUAGAGGAGCUGAAGCAUAAACUGCAAUCCAAAGACAAGGAGAUGGAGACUCUCUUCCAGAGGAACAGUUAUCUGAAGAGGGAGGUGCGGUACCUGACUGAUGUGGUCCAACAUCUCAACCACAAACACGCAGAACUCGAGGCCGACAAGCAGGAGGCGCACGAGAAGAUACGCUCUCUACUCAGCCACAGAGCCUCAGCUGUCCCUCUGCACAAACCCAGCUCCAAACCUGCUGUGGACCCGGGACGAAUGCGGCAAGUCCGAACUUUGACCCGAGACCUGAAUGUUUCCAACAAACAGCUACGCUCCACGGUGCACCAAACCCUCACGGACAUGAAGAACCAACUGCAGGAGCUCAGGGAGGCUGCUGUACGCAUGACCCAGGAAGAGCAGCGCGCCAUGGGGCAGGUGGAGGAGCUGAGGUCCCUGUACCGGAAGGAGGCGGUGGAGAGGAAGAGUCUGUACAACAAACUGUUGGAGCUACAGGGGAAUAUCAGAGUGUUCUGUCGAUGUAGAAAGAGCACAAAGAGUGAAUCGUGUUUGGACAGCGUAGACGAACAGGAAGUAGCUGUGGUGCAGAAAGGGAGCAGGAAGAAGUUUCAGUUUGAUAAAGUUUAUGGGUCCAACAGCACACAGGACGAGGUUUUUGCUGGUACUUUGCCAGUCAUCAGCUCCUGUGUGGACGGGUACAAUGUCUGUAUUUUGGCCUAUGGACAAACCGGAUCAGGAAAGACUUACACCAUGAUGGGCACCAAGGAGCGCCCUGGGGUCAACAUCAGGUCAAUACGAGAACUACUCCGGAUAUGUGCUGAAAAGGAGAAGGUGACGUACACUUUAAAGGUUUCAAUGCUGGAGAUCUACAAUGAGACUUUGAACGACCUUCUGUCUAAGAGCCCUGGAUCUGCUCUGGACCUUCGAGUCCAGGGUAAGUCUGUGUCAGUCCCAGGUCUGACCCAAGUCCAAGUCCAGACCGAGAGUGACAUCCUCAGUGCCAUGGAAAUGGGCGAGAAGAACCGCAAGAUCGCUGCCACCAAGAUGAACAUACAGAGUUCCCGCUCCCACCUGGUGGUGGCGUUGGAGGUGGAGGGUUCAGAUGAAGUGUCAGGCCUCACCUCUCGGGGCACUCUAACGCUGUGUGACUUGGCUGGAUCUGAGCGGAUCUCCAAAACUGAGGCCACAGGACAGAGACUGGUGGAGGCAGCAGCUAUUAACAAGUCCCUCACAGCUCUGGGACAGGUGUUCAGUGCUCUGAAGUGUAAUGCUCUCCAUGUCCCGUUCAGAAACUCCAAACUCACUCACCUCCUGCAGCCCUCCCUCAGCGGAGAUGCCAAGUGCUGUGUUUUUGUGAAUGUUAGUCCAGAUGUGGAGGACGUGGCAGAAACCCUGAGCACGCUGCAGUUUGGAUCCAGUAUUCGACAGGUUUCACUUGGAAAAGCCACGCAAAACAUCAUCCCCAACAAGAACAAGCCCAAGCAGACCGCUAACUGACUUUUUAAAAAAUCACAAUUACUGUUAUUUAUUAUUAUCACCUAAUGUUUAUUUGUAUUCAGUAAGAAAAACGUAAUUGGAACAUGUUUAGAUAAAAAAAAACUACAACUUUUAUUGUCUUAUUGUCAUUUUCUGUAUACAAGUUUCUUUUCACAUUGAUGGGUUAAAGUUAAAUGGGGUACAUAUCUGUUGGAACUAUUAUCUAACUAACUAAAUACCUACUAGUUCACUGUACAACUGUUCCCUAAAGCUGUUUUUAGAGAAUAAAGAUUUUUAUUGC